AUUUGCUGUGCAGAUUGUCACUCACUGUAAAGGAACCGCCCACUCUGCAUUUGGUAUAAUCAUCAGUUUGGGUGUAGACACUGAGGCUUGGUUCUGCAGCACUUUCCCUUUUUCUCAGCUCCAGUUGACUGUCCUUAUCUGCAAAGAUGAUGAAAGGUAUGAUCAUCAAGAACAUGUCCUUCAAGGUUGGACAAACCAUGAUAAUUUGUGGAGUAGCUAAACCUGAUGCUACAAAUUUUGCUGUGAAUAUUGGCCCUGAUGAGCAGGACAUCACUCUGCAUAUUAACGUUCGUUUUGAUGCCCACGGAGAUGAGAACACAGUUGUAUGCAACUCUUAUGAAGGGGGUAACUGGUGUGGGGAGGUCCGUGAGGGAGGCUUUCCUUUCCAGCAAGGAGAGAGCUUCAAGAUUACCAUCGAAUUCACCCCAGCUGAGUUUGUUGUGACCUUAUCAGAUGGCUCUACAAUCCACUUUGCCAACCGCAUGGGUGCAGAGAAGUACUCAGUCACCAGCUUUGAUGGAGAGGCUCGUAUCCAGAGCAUUGAGAUCAAAUAAACUUCCACCCUGUGAAGAAAACUGACAGUCAGAUCACACAUGGGCCACUUGUUUCCAAAUAUCUCAAAUGAUUUGCCUCACAUUUAGCAUUUAGCGAAUUUAUAAUCAAGUUUAUGCUUGUUGAGACCAGAUGCAAACACACGUAAAAAUGACGGUAGAUAUAUAGCACAGUAAAAGAUUUUAGAGAGAUAAAUACUGUGUGUAUACAAUGAGUUUUGCAACUGGAAGACCUUUUGCUUUUGUAAAUGUAGCAUCUGACCAAAGAACUAAAAACAUGAAUUUUAAUUUUAGUCAGAUUUAGUCAGCAUAACUACACAUACUUACAAGCUCAUUGUUUUGUUCCUAGUUUAUGGAUCUAUUUUUCUUUGACAUUCCACUUGUUUUGGAAUAUUACCUGUAACAACAUCAAUAAAAGCCACAUAAAGCCAUAUAAACAGACAUUUGAAACAUGUCAAAAGUUUUUUUCUUGCCCAAUAAAAUCUUACUAUUGGUGAAACCCAA